AUUUGGGAACAUGGUGUGUCUUUUUCAGGGAGAAAUACAAACAAGUAAUUUGUUUGAUAUAUCGCAUAUCAUUACCGAAAUUGUGGAAUAAAAAUGUGGAGAGUUAGGAAAGGAGGAUAUGAUGCUGGUCCACUUCGCUUGUUUGAUACCUAACCAGUUUCGUAAGAUGACAAAACAGAACUGCAUGAAAUCUGUGGUCACCUGUGAGAGAAUCCACCCAUUUUUUUAUUUUUAUUUCGCUGAGUACUAGGAAUUAAAUUGGGAAAUGACUUCUAUGCCAUUCCAAUGAAUACCACAUUCAGUAGUACGUACUAUUUAUUACCAAUUCCUCUCAGUAGAGCCAUACAUUCAUUCAUUCAUUCAUUCCCUCACACCCCAACAUUUUGCACCCUACAACAAACCACUGCAAUCCUUCACAAUCUCAAUUGUUUAGCCUCGUUAUUUUCAUUCAAUCGAAUGAUUCAGGAGAUGCCUGACUCCACUCGCUCGGCUAUGACAAGAACCUCCUACUCCAUUUAUGACAAUGAUUUCCUUGAGCUGGUGUGGGAAAAUGGCGAGGUUGUUGUACGAGGAGGUUCAUCAAAUAGAUCACGAAAGACUAACGAGGAAAGAGUAUACCAAGAUGUCAGCAUAAAAAGAACAAGAUUGAACCCUUUAUACUCACUUGAAGAUCACUUUUCCCCUCUAAAGGAAUCUGACAUGAGCUCUUCGUAUCAAAGCAAUGCCCAGGAUUCGUGUCAUUCCACCCAAAACAAGAACUCCUGCAAGCUCAACGAGGAAUUUGAAAACUUAUUAAGACCAGCAAAGGACUCUAAGACCGUUGCCCCAGGACACGGUCUCUUACAAUCUCCUCUCAAGAAACAAAGAACAGAUUCAACCCAGACACCACCACCACCAAACACACGGAACAUGGGGUUUGAUCAAAGAACAGCUAAAGUGAACUUCUCCAAUUUUUCAAUACCUGCAGUGUUUCUCAAACCCAGUACUUGUCAUGGAAGCAGUACAACUCAGCAGACAAAAAAUCAUUCAUCUCCAGCGAGAGUGGAGGGGGUUGAAGCGCGUAAGGUUGAGAAAUCAACUAAGGAAUCACAAGGGUUUCGAAAGCAAACAUCCUUAACCGUUGAAAGAAGUGCAAAACCACCCCCACCCCUUGAUGAGCACUCUGAAGCUAUUGCUCUUGAAAUUCACAGACACCAAGGUCAACUACGUUAUGACCAAACCUCAGGCGCAGAAGCACUUAGAGCCAAGGAAAAAGCUUAUAACAAUAGUAACACUCUCUGUAAAGAACCGUUCCUAGCUUCUUCUGUGUGCUCUCUUGGAGCCUCCAACGACCCAAACGUUGGUAUCAGGAAAAAUGAGGACACCGACGACUCAACAUAUUUAAGUGAUAAUGACGAAGAGCCUGAAAAUAUGGUAAAGCAAGAUAGGGAGGGUAACAGAGUCAAGAGAAGCAGAAACGCUGAGGUUCAUAACUUAUCUGAAAAGAAGCGUAGAGAAAAAAUCAACAAGAAGAUGCGUACAUUGAAAGAGCUCAUACCCAAUUGCAAUAAGGUAGACAAAGCAUCAAUGCUUGACGAUGCCAUAGACUAUCUGAAGACUCUAAAGCUUCAGUUACAGAUAAUGUCAAUGGGAAGUGGAUUAUGGCCACUUAUGAUGCUACCUGCUGCGGCAGCGUCUCACAUGAACGGAACACAUUUACCACAGUUGGUGGGAGCUGGAAUGGGAUUCCGGCCACCGCAGCUUCCGGUUCCACCACUUUCUGCUAUCACAGACACCAGACUUCAUCACAUGUAUGGUUUCCCCAACCAAAUACCAACGAUGGCAAUGCCUCACGCACCUUUCUUCCCCAUCAUCGGAAAUUCUCCCACACAACCACCACACUUGGCUGCCACCACCGCACCUAAAUCUCUUCAGGUCUCACUCCCCACCAACGUGGACCCUCUGGAAAAUGCAGCAAAUCAAGUGCAGAAUCCAGUGUCCUGUCAUCCCCACGCCAUCAGUACUCCUUUCAUUUUUCCACAAAAGUAGAGGUAAAUGUACAGAGAGAGUGAUGAAAUUAAGAAAUUAGAUUAGAGAAGUUGAUCGGAGGCUAGUGUACAGUUUCGAUUACCGUUUUCAAAAAGACACCGUACAUUUUUCUUAUCAUAGAAUAUCAGUUGCACAAUCUGACAUUUCACACUUCCAUGCCUGCUUUCACCCUUGUACUUCGUACUAUUGCUCCUAUGUGUAUCUUUGAAAAUUAUCCAUCCAUACACUAAUAAUCCAGAGUGUGAUCAUUUAGAUAGUGAUAACAAA